GACCAUUUCAGUCACAUUUUAAGUGCGCUGGGUGAGAGUUCAUUGCUGCCAAUAAAAAAAAAAUGCGAAAAGUCCUGAUCAUUUUUUUACUCGGGGUAGCCCUACAAAGGACUGCGGUCGUUAGUGCUCAAGACUCCCCCUGCUCCGAAGAGUUCAAACGAAUUACCGGGGUUCUGGAAAGCCGGCUGCAAUCAUUUGGCGAAGCUUUGAACCAGAGAUUGGAGAGUUUUGAAAAUCGACUGACCAAAUCGGAAUGCUUUACGAAGUUCACGAUUCCCAAUGAACGUAUUCCGACUUUUGAUUAUGGCUCCCGUGUGAGGAGUAUUUUCAAUGACUUUAUCGAGAUUUACGAGGCCACGAUGAGGGAAAGGGAAAGCGUUUUGACAUACACCGAUAACGAGCAAAUUUCAAAAAGUAUAGAAAAUCGCAUAAAUGAAACCAUGCAGGACAUUCAGAAGCUUGGGGAGUUGGACAGUUCUGCAGAUAGGCAAACGAAUAAAACUACUGUGGUUUUUGACUUCGAGAAUGCAGAAUUCAAUAUUCCUAUGCUGAAAGAAGCUUAUGAUAACAUGACUAAGGAGGGUAAAACAAGUUCUGUAAGUCCUUCGGCUAGUCAAGACAAGAAAAUGGAUCAAAUCGUAAAAUACCUAAUAGAGCAAUAUGAUAAAAUGGCGAAAGAUGGAGAAAAAGCUGAUCGGGAAGUAACAACCACUGAGGGUUCAACUGAAACAGAAAGUACUACUGAUAGCAGUUAUGGAUCCUUGGAUAUUAAUGCAACUACCUUACUUGAGCUUUAUAAAGCUUGGAGUGAAAAGAAGGACAUUAAACAUGUUAAAAAGGGAUUAAAGCAGCUAAUAAGCAAUACGGCUUCACCUCCACCCGAAAGUACUACUGAUAGCAAUGAUGAACUAUUCCUUCAAGCGUUAUUAACUUCUAAUUCAAAUGUAACUGCCAUGAUUGAGCAAUAUAAUCUUUGGAGUUCGAAGUACGGAAUGGAACAGACACAUAUUAAAGAAGAAUUGAAGGAAAAUAGUGGGGAAACCACUACUGAAAAUACUUCAACUGAUUCAAGCACAGAUGAUGAUGAUGAUUGGGGUGUAUAAAAAACGGAGGAGGCUAAGUUUUUCAAAUUUUAAGAAAGAUGCGGAAGUUGAGAGUUUAUACUAAUGUGAUUCUUGGGCUACAAUCUAAUCCUGUAAUCACACAAAAAAUGUUAAGUGUGCCAAAAAACUUAUAUUUCAAAUGUUUCAUUAAUCUAGUAUAAAUCAGAAUUAUAUAUAACAAAUCGCGUAAUAAAGUAAACUUGUAUGUUUGAAGAGCAUCGAA